AUGGCCACCUCAAGCCAUCUCCUUCUCCUCUUCCUCAUCACCACCACCACCGUGACAUUACUCACCUCCGCCGCUUCUCCUCCGUAUCUCACCUCUCAAGAUCACCAACACGCAGACAGAAUCAUCGAAGCAAUGAUCGGAGCCGGAGAUUUCCGUGGCUGGGCUGCAGAUUUCCUCUCCGCCGUCGACGACCAGUUCGGUAUCCCUCUCUCCGCCACCAUUUUCAUCCCGAGCGAUUUCGACUCCGCCGACGUCUCCUCCUCCUCCUCCUCCUCUGCUUCCACCGGUGACAAUUAUAACCCCCGUCGUCUCUCCGUCGCUUAUCACAUCGUGCCUCAACGUCUCUCCUUCACCGAUCUCCGAAUCUUGAAACCACUCUCUCGUCUCCCGACUCUUCUCCCCGGAAACUCAAUCCUCGUCACUAACAACUCUGUUUCCGGUUAUACACUCGACGGCGUUCUUGUCUCUGAACCGGAUCUUUUCAUCACUUCUUCUAUUGCUAUUCACGGUGUUGCCUCCACGCUUGAUUUCUCACGUUACGGCGAAGGUGAUACGCCUUUUGCUGAUAGUCUCCGCCCUUGGCCUCCUCUUCGCCGCCGUCCCCGUGGACAUAACGGCAAUAUUGAGAACGGUACUGAUACUAAUCAGACCUCUGCUUCUUUGUUCACUGCACGUUACUCGACUGGCUCGUUCUUGCUUCCAUUGGUGGCUCUGGCUUUGUUCUGA